AUGGAACUGCUGAAGGGUCUGGAGAACAAGUCUUCUGAGGAGUGUACAGUUCUUAUCCUUAAGGGUCUCAAGCAGGAGGUGAGUUUCCUCUGCCCCUCUCCAGACGGGUUGCACUUGGCUGUUGGGUAUGAGGAUGGAUCAAUCCGUGUCUUCAGCCUCCUCAGUGGAGAAGCAACCAUCACUUUCAAUGGACACAAGAGUGCAGUCACAGCCCUGCAGUAUGACCAUCUGGGUGGCCGGCUGGUGUCUGGCUCAAAGGAUACUGAUGUCAUUGUGUGGGAUGUCAUCAAUGAGAGUGGUUUGUACCGGCUGAGAGGGCACAAGGAUGCUGUCACUCAAGUCCUUUUCUUGAAGGAAAAGAACCUGUUGGUCACCAGUGGCAAAGACACAUUGGUGAAAUGGUGGGACUUGGACACCCAGCACUGCUUCAAAACUCUAGUUGGACACCGUACUGAGGUUUGGGGGAUGGCUUUGCUAUCUGAGGAAAGGCGUCUGAUCACUGGGAGUGGUGACAGCGAGCUGAGAGUGUGGGAUAUCACUUACAUCCAGGAGGUAAUAGACCCUGAUGAGCCAGAAACCAAGAAAAGCAAAGGGUCUUCACCUGGAGCAGAAGAAAACACUGAAGACAUGGAGACUCUAGAGCUGGAUGAACAUCCUGAGGAACGCCUCAUUAAGUGCAGCAAAGUUGGAUCCAUCAUGCGGGAGGGGAGAGACCGAGUAGUUACUCUUGCCACAGACAGAACAGGCAAGAUUUUGGCCUGCCAUGGGACAGAUGCUGUUCUGGAGGUGUUCUCUGUCCUUUCUGAAGAAGAAAUCCAAAAGAAACUGGAAAAGAAAAUGAAGAAAGCAAAGAAAAAAAGCAAACAAAACUCUGAAGAGGAGCCUGAAAGGAGUGUGGAGCUGAGCCUGCAGGAGCAGAUUCAGCGGGUCACUAAUAUCAAAGCUUCUUCUAAAAUCAAGUCAUUUGACUUGAUUGUCUCUCCAAAAGGAGAGCUGAAGAUCCUACUGCUGCUCCAGAACAACGUAAUUGAGACAUACAACCUGAACCUGUCAGCACAAGUCCCACAGGCUGUCCGUGCAUCCAAGAUAACCAUUGGAGGCCACCGCAGUGAUGUCAGGACGUUGGCUUUUAGCUCUGACAAUAUUGCCAUUCUCUCAGCAGCUGCAGAGUCUGUAAAGAUUUGGAACAGAUCGACCUUGCAGUGCAUCCGGACGAUGGACUGCGAGUACGCGCUGUGCUCCCUCUUUGUCCCGGGAGAUCGGCAGGUCAUUGUGGGCACCAAGACAGGGAAGCUGCAUCUGUAUGACCUGGCUUCUGGGAGUAUGAUGGAGACAGUUAAUGCUCAUGAGGGGGCAGUGUGGUCCAUUGCUCUUUCACCAGACCAGCGUGGCUUUGUGACAGGAGGUGCUGAUAAAUGUGUCAAGUUCUGGGAGUUUGAGCUGGUGAAGGAUGAGAGCAGUGUUCAGAAAAGGCUGUCCAUGAAACACGUGCGUGUUCUGCAGCUGGAUGAGGAUGUGCUCUGUGUGCGGUACAGCCCCAACCAGAAACUGCUGGCUGUCUCCUUGCUGGACUGCACCGUGAAGAUCUUCUAUAUUGACACGCUCAAGUUUUUCCUCUCUCUGUAUGGACACAAGCUGCCAGUGCUGUGUAUGGACAUCUCUUAUGAUGGGACUCUAAUUGCAACUGGCUCUGCUGACAGGAAUGUGAAAAUCUGGGGCUUAGAUUUUGGGGAUUGCCACCGCUCUCUCUUUGCCCAUGAUGACAGUGUGAUGUAUCUGCAGUUUGUGGCGAAAUCCCAUCUCUUCUUCACAGCUGGGAAGGACAGCAAGAUUAAGCAGUGGGAUGCAGAUAAAUUUGAGCAUAUCCAGACACUGGAGGGGCAUCACCAGGAGGUGUGGUGCUUGGCACUCAGUCCCAAUGGAGACUACGUGGUGUCGGCAUCCCAUGACAAGUCCUUGCGCCUCUGGGAAAGGACAAGGGAGCCACUUGUUUUGGAAGAGGAGAGAGAGAUGCAACGAGAAGCUGAAUAUGAAGAGAGUGUGGCGAAGGAAGAGCAGCCUGUGGUGGCUGGAGAGACACAAGGAGAGACGGGGCUGGCGGGAAAGAAGACCAUUGAAACCAUCAAAGCGGCUGAGCGGAUCAUGGAAGCGAUAGAGCUGUAUAGAGAAGAGAUGGCAAAACUAACAGAGCACAAGGCUAUAUGCAAAGCUGCAGGAAAAGAGGUUCCCUUUCCAGUCAAUCCCAUCCUCCGUGCCUAUGGAAAUAUCACACCUUCUGCAUAUGUGUUAGAAGUUUUCAAGAAGGUCAAGUCAAGUGAGCUGGAAGAGUCUCUCCUGGUGCUGCCCUUCUCCUAUGUCCCUGACCUGCUCAGACUCUUCAAUGAAUAUAUUCAGCUGGGUUCAGAUGUUGAACUCCUGUGUCGAGCUCUUCUCUUCUUGCUCAAGAUACACUUUGGGCAGAUCACAAGCAACCACAUGCUGGUGACAGUGAUAGAGAAUCUGAAGAAAACCACCAUCUCCAGAGUCAGUGAGACACGGGAUGUGCUGGGAUUCAACAUGGCAGGGCUCCAGUACCUGAAGAGGGAGAUUGAGGCCAAGGAUGAGGUGACAUUUUUUGCUGAUGCUACUGACCGUUUUGAGGAGAAGAAGAGGAAGAGGAAGAAGAAGGAGAAGGAGAAAAUGAUUCUUGCAAUGCACUAGCAUUUGCUACCCAAGACCCAGAGCACCUGGAUGGGGUCAUGUAACCUCAGUGCUGGCCAUGGAAGCAUUCUUGUGGCUGAACAUCUGUGAUGUCCAGUGACUGGGACAAAGUCUGU